AUAUCUAUAUUAAAAAUAUCUAAUUGAAGUUUUUCAGAAGUUUGAUAAAAAUGUCUUGUUGUGAAAUAUUUCGAUAUGAAGAAUAUCCACGAAUUAAGGUUGGUUUAAUCCACCUGGAUAGGAAGAGACCAUGGCCAGCUUGUAUAAACCCUGCAACUGGAAAUCAAUGGUCCCAAGAUAUGAAAACAAAGAUGCUUGACAUUCUUGAUAAAACUGGGUUUACAAUAUUUAGGAGCGAUGAACACAUCUGUGUUGAUGACGACAGGUCCUUAAGAGAAGCAGUAGGGCUCUGCAGGAAAGCAGAAGUGAACGUUAUUGUUGCUAUUCAGCCCACCAUCAGUGAUGGCAGACUAGCUCCGGUUCUUGCUCAAGAGUGGGGACCUGCUCUGGUUUUUAUGGCUUCUCCGGAGGAACAGACUGGAGAGAUGAUCUCUGGAAACUCUUUGGUUGGAACUCAUCUUAUGGCAGCCACACUCAGACAGCUUGGACGAAUAUGUCAGGUCGUUUAUUCUAAUCUUGACUGGGAGAAGGCUUCUGAGAAACUGAUAUCAGCAGUACAUGUUGCCUUUGCAACCAGAUACAUCAGUAAAACCAAGAUUGGGUUGAUUGGGCAUCAAGCUCCUGGCUUUCUAGACUUUUACCCUAACCCUUUCGAGAUGAGUAAGCAGCUGGGUUCUAUCCUUCAACAUGUUGGGAUGACAGAGUAUAUAUCUACAGCUCUUCAUCUUAUUUCUGAUGAAGAAGUUUCAGCUGAUAUUGAUUAUAUCAUAAAUAACCUUAAGCUUCCCUUCAAAAGCCUUGCCACAGGAUUUGGAGUUGAACAAUCAGAGCUUUCUCAGUCGUCUCGACACUACCUUGCACUAAGACGGUUUAUCCAAGAAAAUAAUUUUGAUAGUUUGGCAAUCCGCUGUUGGCCAGAACUUCCAGGUCCACAGGGAUUGGAACAAUGGUGCUACAUGGCAUUAGCAAGACUUGCAACUGAAGGAUUCCCAGUAGCCUGUGAAGGCGAUGUGGAUGGGGCUCUGAGCUGUCUGGUUGGUAAACUGCUGGGAUCUGGAGCAGUCUAUCUAUCCGACUGGUUGGAACAUGAAGAUAACCGUCUAACGCUCUGGCAUGGUGGUAUGGCACCACUUCAAUUAAGUGAGCCAAUUGGGAGUGUUCUUGGUCCCUGCAUAUCUAGACAUUUUAACAACCGGGUCCCAGGUUGUUUAGAUGCAACAAUAAGAAUAGGAAUUCCAUUAACUAUUUACAGGUUAUGGGUGUUUAACAAUAAAUACCACAUCUUGGUGUUAGAAGGAGUUUCUAUUAAGCCUUCAAGAGCUCUGCUAGGCAACAAUGGUCUAGUGGAGAUAGAUGGGGUGAACCUCGAGACAGGGUUCGAUAGAUGGAUCCAGAUUGGAUUCCCACAUCAUGUUUGUGUAGUCCAGGGGAAGCAUAAACAAAGAAUUCUAGAUUUUGCCAGAAAUCUGAACAUUACUAUUGUGGAAUAAACACAAGAAGUUUAAUAGAUAUGUGUUAGAUAUAUGUAAUGGGAAUUUGAAAUAAAUCAUAAAUUUGCAUU